AUGCCCGUGCUCUCGCUACGAGUGCUGACUGCAUCAGCGCUGCUGGUCCUGUUGCUGCUGCUGCACUGCGUCUUCAAGGCUGGUCCGUCAGCCACUCAGCUGCCUGCCAAAUGGCACGUGGCACCAGAGCUCGACCUGGCGCUGCUGGACGGCUCGGCGAGGUAUGCGGCGCACACCUUCCUGGUGAAGGGCAGCCGGUGGAGCGCUCUGGCGGGCAGCGCCGCCGCCAUCGCCACGCACUCCUCGCUGGAGCACCUGCACUGGCUGGCGCACACCGCCUCCAGCUGGACGGGACCCCUGUCGGUGGCCGUCUUCGCCCCGGGCGCCAGCUUCCACUUCGCGGCCUGCUACAUCGACCACCUGAGGACGUGCCACCCUUCCGUCCGGGAGAAGGUCAGCUUCCACGUGGUGAGCCCGGUGGACAGGCCGCCGGCGCUCCUGGACCGCGCAUGCGCCGUGCAGCUGACCGAGUGCAACAGGGAUCCGCGGACGGCGCUGGGCGAGGUGGUGCGUCUUCGCGACGAGGUCGCCAGCUCGGGGCAGGAGCACGCGGUGUACCCGCAGAACCUCCUCAGGAACCUGGCGCGCAGGACCUGCCCCACCAGACACGUGCUGACCGUCGACGUGGACAUGGUGUUCCCGUCGGAGAGCAUGUCGCUCCAACUGCAGGAGUUCCUGAGCCGCCAGGACAACUGUUCCCGGUGCGCCUUCGUGCUGCCCGUGUACGAAGUUUCCAACAGCGUGGGCGCGAUGCCCGAGAACAAGACCGGGCUGAUCUCCCUGGUGACCGGCAAACUUGCUCGCCCCUACCACGUCCAGGUGUUCAACCUCAACCAGGGCAAGUCGAACCUCGCAAGGUGGGAAAAAAUAGAGCAAACACCUUCAGAGAGAGUAGCUUACAGAGUGCACAACUACCAGCUCUUUUACGAGCCCAUCUAUGUUUCCGCGAGAACUGCCCCGCUCUAUGAUGAGCGGUUUGUCGGCUAUGGAAACACCAGGAACACACAGACGUAUGAGAUGCACCUGGCAGGCUGGACUUUCCAUGUGCUCAGCAACACGUUCCUAGUGCAUUGGGGGUUCCAGACUCCCUCCAUGCGGAACACCACGUGGAGACUGCAGCAGCAGGAAGAGAACGCCCGUCGCUUCGUCGGUUUCCUGCGCGAGAUGACAGCACGCUACAACAAGGAUCCGCUGAACAUGCUCAAGAGAGUACCGAAGAAGGAAGGGUGAUCUAGAGAUACCGAGAGUCUAGUUGGGAGUGGGACUGCACUCCUCUUCUCGCCCACGUGGCUUAAUGAUGGGAUCACGACGGCGCGACGCGCAAGAUGCGUGGAACGCGAGGCGAAUGAAAUGAUUUCCUUUGCCAAUCAUGUUCGACACAUCUGUGAUGUCGGCACUGCAAAACUCGCGGGCGCGACGGACCUUCCGAUAAACACAAUUUUCUAUUCCACUCGCGUCCCAGAUGCUACAUCAAUGAAUGUG